AUGGCCGACUCCGAGAAACUCGCUGACUUGUCGGCACGCCUGCGUAGCCUCGCCAACGGCGACGAGAACACCCAGGACACGUCAAAGAGCCUGCUCUUAGAGGCUGCAGUUGUCUUGGAGCAGUCCUACUCAUUAGAGAACUCUUAUGUGCUGGUCUUGAUCGAUGCGCAUAGCCAUCCAUUCAUCAACGAGAUCUUCAACAAGUCCUCCAACCAGAACUACCCCGCCUUGGACCGCGAUCGACCAUACAACCUCAGAAAUCGCCUGUACGACGCGAUUAGGAAACAGUUGAUCGAAAUCUCAUCAGCUGCGUCACUUCGCACGUCUCGAUUGGUGGUUCGCGUCUACGCCAAUUCUGCCAAGCUGGAGAAUGAUCUCCUCUGCCCGCUGCAGCAAUUUACUAUCCAGUUCUCUUCGAUGGACCCUUAUUUCGACUUCAUCGGAGUUCGGGACGAGGCUAUCGUGGAAGUCAAAGUCGCUGAUACCUUCCAAACUGCUCGCCAUGACCCGAACUGCAAGCACGUCUUCUUCGCCGCUUGGAUGCGUCCUGUCUACCUCGCAAUGCUGCAGACACCUUCCCAAAAUGUGACGCUAGUUCACGGAAAGGCCAUGGGCGCAGGUGCCAAGUCGCUUCGUCUGUCAUACAAAUCUGUCAGCAUCCCGGAAGUCUUCAGCAAGCCCGAAGGGAAGGAUCUGUUCUCCUCGCUUACCUCGCACUCGGUUGGCAAGCAGCUGGUGGAGAAUUUGAUCAGCAACAAGGCCUCCUUUGAAGAUCAUGUCGCCACCAGCUGCGAUGACGAUGUUGACUCUACUGCAUCGGACGGCACCACGGAUGCGUAUCGUCGAACAGGUCAACUUCUACAGCAGCGCGACGCAAUUCCCGGCCACGUACCCGUCAACGCAGAUGGACAACGCCUCGACUAUGUCAUGAAGCGACCUCUUUUCAUAGCCCAACAAGCGUACUCCAAGAAGUAUGAUACUGGUGAGCUACAGCCUUGUAAAUGGUUCCAUCUCGCGAACGUAUGCCACUACCAGGACUUGUGCGCUUUCGACCACUCGGAUAUCAGUACCCAGGUUCGCAAGGUGCUUGAAUACACAGUCAGGAGGAAGCCUUGCAAUAUGGGUAGUGAAUGCCGUCGCAUCGAUUGCAUCUAUGGGCAUGUCUGCCAGGACAUGAGGUGCAUCACCGACGGCCUCGAGACUUGCGGCAUGAGGAGAUUUCAUGGAAUGGAUAAAGACUUCGCGAGGUGGGUAAAGGGCAAGCAUGCGCCAGAGUUUCCCACCGGUGUCACGAAAGAGGCACUGGCGGAGGAUGGAGGAAAUGCUACCGUAGAGUCUUCCUGGUUCUAA